CGGGAUCCUGGAUCAGCUGACUUGGUGUGACCAAUGAACGACGGGUAAUGGCGGCCCUGCCCGGCUCGCUCUCGCUCGCUGCUGCCUCGGGCCCGGCCUCGCGCUGCUCGCCGUUACCCUGGUUACUCGGCCCGGCCUGGCCCGCCCCGCCGCCCGCAGAAUAACAUUAUUCUCCAAUGGAUGUCUCUGAUAGUCCUGAUCGUGACCCACGUUCCCCAGAGGACCAGCUGUCGGAUGAUGAUGAAGAUGACUUAUUGCUUGAAGGGGGUCAUGAAAAUGAUGAAGAGGACGAUAUAGACAAACGUUCAGACAAUGAGGGAGAAGGUGUAGAUUCUGAAGACAAUGACCAUUGCAGUGAUGCAGAGGUUCAUAGUUUCGGUGAACCUGACAAUGAUGGGGAAACUCAUGAAUCAGAGGUGGAGGAAGAGGAGGAAAAGUUGAGGGAGGAAGGUGAUUACAGUGAAGAAAGUGGAAAUGAGGAACGACCUAAUGUAGAAUCUGACCGUGAUAAUAUUGUGAGUCCAAAAAGAACUUGUAGUGCUGAGCGAGCUGAAAAAAGUACCACUGAGAAACAAGAUUUGCAAGUUGACGAGGAAGCGGCAAAUGAUUCUAAGGACGAAGCAUCUUCUGUCAUCAGGGACCUGGAUGAGCAUGAGCUGGACUAUGAUGAGGAGGUUCCUGAAGAACAGCCAGGGGCUGUAACAGAGGACAGUGAGAAACAAAGCACUGAGGAGAAAAGCAGUGACUCACCAAAGGAGGGAGAAAAUGAAAAGAGUCAGCCUGAGGAGAGGAAGUCUGAAAGAGACAGAAAAGAUGCAUUUCGUGAGAGGAAAAAGGAUGAAGAUGAUGGGGAGCUAGAUGAAGGAGAAGUUGAGGAUGAUGAUCUAGAGGAAGGUGAAGUGAAAGAUCCCAAUGAGAGGAAAGUCCGGCCAAAGCCCAUCUGCAGAUUCUUCAUUAAAGGUAACUGCACUUGGGGAAAUAAUUGUCGAUUUAUCCAUCCGGGAAUUAAUGACAAAGGAAACUACUCACUGAUAGCCAAACCUGAUCCUUUCUCACCUAAUGGAGGACAUCACCUAGGACCUCACCCACUGAUGCAGGCGAAUCCUUGGGAAACUCAUGUCUUGGGAGCUCCAGUAAUUGAAGAAUUGAUGCCUCCUAUUCCAUUGGAGCCUCCAGCAGAAAGUGCAUGGGAGAGAGGCCUGCGGCAUGCAAAAGAGAUGUUGAAGAAAGCCACCAUCAGAAAGGAACAGGAGCCAGACUUUGAGGAGAAGCGAUUCAAUGUCACCAUUGGAGAUGAUGAUUUUGACAAAGAAAAUGAUUUUUAUCGGGACUGGAACUGUCGUGUUGCAAGAGACAUCAGAGAACCAGGACCUGAUCCCUAUGCAACUCCCUACUAUGAGCAUGAGGCUGAGCGAUAUUGGCGUGGUGGACAAUAUGAGAACUUCAGGGUCCAGUGGACAGAGGCAGAUUAUCACUACAGGGAAAGAGAGAGAGAAAGGGAGAGAGAAAGAGAUCGUGAAAGGGAGCGAGACAGACAUCGAGAGCAGCGCGAGAGGGAAAGGGAAAGAGAAAGAGAACGAGGAAACAGGAUACGGGAACGAGAGCGGGACAGGGAGCGUGAACGUGACAAAGAACGGCAGCGAAGAAAAGAAGAGUGGGAGCGAGAACGAGCGAAGCGAGAAGAAAAAGAGAGAGCACAAAAGGACAGAGAACGAGAGAAAGAGAAACCAAAGCAGAGAUCCCCACCUCCAACAAGCCGACAAGCAGAAACACCCAAGAAAGAAGCUCUUCCUCUGACAACAGUGAAACGGGCAGAUGAAUGGAAAGAUCCCUGGCGCCGAUCCAAGUCACCCAAAAAAAGGCCAGUUUCGACAGCAUCGCCAGGACGCGGACGCAAGCGACGAAGAACAUCUGGUUCAUCUGUUUCAGUGUCUGGCUCGUCAAGGUCUUCAUCUCGUUCUUCUUCAUAUUCAGGAUCUGGGUCAUCCAGGUCGCAAUCAAGAUCACAUUCGAGGUCAUCUUCUUACAGCUCGUAUUCCAGCCAUUCCUCCAGGCAUAGCUCAUACUCUGGCAGCAGAUCAAGGUCACAAUCAUUCUCGUCUUCACCUUCCCCAACUCCAUCUCCAACGCGGGCAAAAGAUGCCACAGUAGCAAAGCCUAAAGGAGGAAUAGGAGGCGCUGCAGGAGGAGUUGAUGCUCCAGUCCCCACUGGAAAAAGUGAUAAGACUGUGAAAAAACUGCCGUCGCCACAGCCUUCAGGUCCAUCUGCAGGAGCAAAGGUUACAAAGGCUGGUGCAGAGGGUGUGAAACCUACCGAGAACAGAGAGGGAAGGAAGAAGGAGCGGGUGCCCCGCACACCACCCCGGAGGCAGACUGCAAGUGGGAGUGGUAGUGAUAGUGGCAGUAGUUACAGUGGGUCAAGUUCACGUUCACCAUCACAUUCUCGCUCCAUGUCUCGGUCUACGUCAGCAUCUGGCUCUCGAUCUGCAUCAGGUUCCCACCGAUCCAGAUCCCUCAGUGUGAGCAGUGUGUCUUCUGUGUCCAGCGCAUCGUCAAGCAGUAGCUCUAUCAGAAGUGCAGACUCGGAGAAUAUGUAUGCAGAUCUAGCCAGUCCUGUGUCCUCUGCAAGCUCCAGAUCACAAGCCCCUCCUCAGCAGCAGAAGCAAAAGGAAAAAGUGAAACCCAAGAAGGAGGAGACACCGAGGGAGAAGGAACGUGAAGAGAGGCGAAAACGUGAGGUUCCACCACAGCCACAGAAGACUUCUGCACCAAAACCAGCCCAGAUCAGCAAACCCUCACAACUUGUCUACAGCGCACACAAAGAUAUCAAACUGACCUUGCUAAACAAGCCGGCCGACAAAGGCACUCGCAAACGGUAUGAACCUUCCGAUAAAGAGAGGCCAUCUUCACCACCUUCCAAACGGGUGGCCAUGUCUCCCGAAAGAGGUCAUCGUGAGCGGAAGCCAUUUGGGAGGCCACCAUCACCAAAGGGGGAUCGUCAGAGUACCCGAGUGCCACCGAUGGUGAGAUCAUCUCCUGCCCAAGCAGACAGAAAACGGGCUCCAUCGCCACAGUCAAAGGUCUCAAGCAAGGUGACAAGUGUUUCCUCAAGCUCCAAGUCUCACGAGGUAGCAAGCUCUGGCACCAGUGCAGCUUCUGCAAAGUCCAGUAAAUCCAACACAUUAUCCCGCAGAGAGGAACUGCUGAAGCAGCUGAAAGCUGUUGAAGAUGCCAUUGCUCGAAAGCGAGCAAAGAUCCCCGGCAAGGUCCAGUAGUUGUGACCCGCCCAAAGCAGGACUGUGGGUCCUUCGGUUAGACAGCUGUCAGUAUUUUCAGUGAUCAUAUCUGUGAUUAUUUCAGGAAGCAGCCACAUUUUGGGAUUUCCUCGAGUACCCCUCACUGCCACCUUCCCAAACCUUCUGCUGUGCCAGUGGGAGGUGUUAGCUGCAGUAUGGCUGCAGAUGUGACAUCAUUCUGUUCCUCGUCAAACUGGAAGAUGCUGCCGACUGUGAACCCAGUCACCAAUUUAACACAAACUGAUGUUGCAGUGGCACUCUGCUCGACGUGAGCACUCAGUGACUUGUGGAACCUGACCCUAGAAAAGCCACGCCUUUUACACGUUAGCAAUUCUUUGUGUGUGUGUGUGUGUGUGGUGUCUUGAAGGACUUCCUCACAGUUACAUACUGUUUCCAGAGAGCAGGUGAAUGUGCUGUCAAACGCUGCUUUCUCUUUCUUGAACCACAAACUCCCUCCAACAUCCAUCAACACAUCCACCUUUUUGGCUACACUUGUUCUUCUGGCUUCCCAAAUAAAUAUUCAUUCUUUUAUUUUACACCUUUUAUUUUUAAUGUCAUACACAGACCUUAUGGUUAUGUUGAAUGUGCAGAUUGAAAUCUUGGACCUCUUUCAAAGGAUCAUUUGGCUAACACACACCGCUGAGGGGUUGUGGUGAAGCAGGUUCUUAUGUGCUUGAAACAUCUGACGUUUUGAGGACAGAUUGUUUGCAUUGAACGGGCAGAUAAAUGUUCAGGAUUGAUUUUUUUUACAUGACUUUAAUAAAGGAUUUACUAGCUGUAAAGAUUCGGAACAGUUGUGAUGAGAAAAUCAGCCUUAAAACUCCAGAGUGCAGUCCGUCAACAAUUGCACUUUGAGAGAUGUACUACACAGCUGCUCAGAGAUGUAGGUUUCACUUACUGCCAUGAAGCACAAGGAGACAUGAGAAGUUGCAUCAGUCCCAGGGACAGCAGAUAUACUUUCUCAGCCAAUAAUACCUCAAGUUCAAUCUCUUGCCCUUGUUGCCAGCCGUUCUGAAAUAUGGGACAUUCAUCAGCCUGUCUUGGUCUCAGCCUCACCCCUCCCAUCUUCCUCUCUCCCCCUUCUCCCUCUCCCACCCUCUGUAUCCCCCAUCUCUCCCCACCACCCAAUCUCCUCCUCCUAAAGCCUCUGACUCUAGAGCCCCCUUACUGUGGGGUUCGAUGCAGCAGAAGCCUUGCCUCAGGUGGUCUCCCUCUGCUAAAGCCUCUGACUAUAGAGCCUUCAUACUGUGGGGUUCGAUGCCUCAAUCAAUAUUCAGUGACCAUCUUGCUUCUGUCCAGCUGAAAUCUUCCAUAUGUUGGUCUCCAGACAGACAGUUCUAUUAACGUACAUCAUUCCAUCACCUUUCUGUUGUGUCCUAAUUACUGCCCUUGCCUGCUAUUGUGAAACAUUUACCUCAUCAAGAGAAAAACUGAGUUUUAUGUGGGGCUGCUUACUAAUGAGAACGUCUCUCAGCCUUCAGACGACACAUCACCCCUCUGUCCUCCCAUGAGAAAAUAUUCAUUUAAAAUUCUUAUAAUUUUUAACGCUCCCCCUGCCACCUUUCCUCUUUUUAUAUUCCCCAUGCUGACCUCACCUGCCCAUCACCUACUCCUAGUACCCCUUCUUCUUCCCUUUCUCCAUAGUCCACUCUCCUAUCAGAUUCCUUCUUGCUCUUUACCUCCUCCACCCUCCUGGCUACACCUGUCACCUUCUAGCUUGUCCUCUCCAUCCCUGCACCUCCUUAUUCUGGCAACUUCCCCUCCCUUUCCAGGCCUGAUGAAGGAUCUUGGCCCGAAACAUCGACCUGCUGAGUUCCUCCAACAUUGUGUGUAUAUAUUCCAAAACAUAUUGUUGUUGGAGAAAACUACAGAUUAAUCAUGAUUAAUUUUUUAAAAUCCUGAAGUGAUCAAUUGUAGACUGGAAUCCUGCUCCUGGUCACCAGAGGAACAUGGAAUGGACCGACUGAAGAGAGUUUUUGGGAAUUUUCGUCCAAACCACUUUGCAAUGUGACAGUUCACCACUGUCAUUUGUACCUUUAACAAAGGAAUGACCUCAAUAAAUGUUAUCC